UUUUUUGCAUAACUCAUGUCCUCCCCCUGCUGGCCACCUAUGGUGAAAUGGCCAGAACCCUCAGUUGAAUUAAUCAUGUGGUAAAACCCAUUUAUGAUUUUUGCCUAUGUCAAGAGAUGUGACUUAGGCUGAUUUAUUUUGCUCAAGUUAAAAUACAGUGUGACUUAGGCAAUUUUCACACAGAGCUUCAUGAUGGAUGAUUCAGUCAGUGAACUUUUUGCACUGAUUCAGAGUUCAUCUAAAAAUGAUGAUGCAUUUGACAACUCCAAUGCUAAUCUACUCUCUGCUGCUGAAAACGAUCUCAGCAUUGGAGCCAUAGAACUGUGUGCGGCAGAGCAAAACUUUGUUCUUGAUGAAGAUGUGUUAGGCUCACCCAGCUCUGUGCAUGCUGAAGAUUCAGACUAUCACCCAAGCAACAGUGAUGCAUCCACUGAUGAAGAUUUAGACUCACCCAGCCCUAUUCAUGCUGAAGAUUCGGACAAACCAAACAGUGAGGUGUCCUCUGACAAUGAAAAUGAAGGUGCUGACUGUUCAAAGAAAAGGAAGAGAUACAAGAAGUCCAAUCCAGAAACAUGGAAGCAGAACCAGGCGAAACAAAAACGCCUCAGAGGCGCGUCAUACAUGGGCAUAAGUGGCAAAGAAGUCAGUGCAAAGGCUAUGGGUCCCCCGUGUUCUUCUAAGUUCUGCCAGCGAGCUUCAACUCGACAGUGCCAAGACAUUACAGAGGAGCAGCGGCAAUGGAUAUUUAGGAAAGUAUGGGCGAUGAAGACCUGGGAAGAAGGCAAAAUAUACAUCACAAUGCUGGUUUCAAAGGUGACCAUCAAACAGAGGAGGGCGGUUGGGGAAUCCCGCCGCAAUGCAACUCUGUCAUACCAACUGAAGAUGGAAGAUGGCAGAAGUGUGAAAGUGUGCAAGGCACUUUUUGCAUCUACGGUUGGUCUCCCUUUCCGAAUGAUCUCAGAUUGGAUUACCAACCCCCAUAUCAACAAUGAUGAAGAAACUCGACCAAUAAAAUCUGGACCUAAAACUGGAAAACAUGCAAAGCUUGGAAAUGAGGAGAAAGAUUUCCUUAACGGCUGGCUGAAGGACCUCCCAAAAGUUGAUUCCCACUACUGUAGAAGCUCAGACAGCUACAAGAACAAGAGGUUCCUACACCCAGGGACAACCAUUGCCCAACUCCACCGGUUAUAUCAAGAGGCAGCUGCAGCUUCAGGGGUGCGGGCAGCAGGAAUACAGCAUUUCUCAUCUGUGUCCCAUGAACAGAACUACUCUGUUUUUAUUCCGCGAAAAGAUCAGUGUGAUGUGUGUGUGUCAUUCAAGCAUGGAAAUAUCAGCAAGAAUGACUAUGAUUCACAUAUCCUUAAGAAAGAGGAAGCAAGGCAGGAGAAAUUACUUGACAAAGAGUCUGCAAAUGCAGAGAAAUCUGUGUGGACAAUGGACUUACAAGCUGUGUUGCUCUGUCCAAAAACCCAAGCCAGCAGCAUGUACUACAAAACAAAACUCCAGGUGCAUAACUUCACCCUCUUUGACUUGAGAACAAAGGAAGGCUACUGCUACAUUUGGGAUGAAUCACAGGGUGACCUGAGCAGUGAGGUAUUUGCUUGCCUGCAAUACCACUUGAGAAUGUGAUCCAAGACCACCCGGGACUCAAGGAAAUAGUUCUGUGGAGUGACGGUUGUGGAUAUCAGAACCGGAAUGCAUGUGUGGCAAAUGCAUUGUCGGAGCUGGCAAGGAAGUAUCAGGUAGAAAUAACACAGAAGUACCUGGUCGCAGGGCACACGCAGAUGGAGUGUGACAGCAUGCACAGCACAAUAGAAAGAAAGAUGGUCACUGAUGUCUUC